AUGCUGAUUGGACUUGUACGGGACUCGGUUAUGCAGUGCUUCUGCCACUCAUGCCGAGCACCAGUAUUACCUGCAGCGCAUCGGCGUUCCGCACCAGUCAAGAAACCAGUCGGCAAACCGAGGACUAAGCAACCAAAGAAAGUUAAAUUUAUCACCACUGAAAUUCGCUGCCAAGAGAUGUCGAAGGGAGGUUUAGCGUAUGAAGUUAUCUUAGCUGAGCCUGUGGGCGUGCCCGUGCCGCGCCGGGCUGACUCUCCCGAGAAAACUCCAUCGGUUGAAGAAAUUCAAGAAAAGCUCAAGGCUGCCGAAGAAAGGAGACGUAGUUUGGAAGCUAGCAAGAUGGCGGCGAUCGCGCAAAAGAUGCAGAAAAUAGAGGAUGCCUCACGUGUCCGCAGCGAACAGACAAAUAAUUUUAUUGUAGCUACAAAGGAAGCUUUGGACGCUAAGAUGGAUUCUCAUGAAGAGAAACGUGAGGCGUAUAUUAAUGAACUCCGUGCUCGUCUUAAGGAUCAUCUUGAAGGUGUCGAGAAGACCAGGUUGACCUUGGAGCAGCAGACUGCUGAAGUAUACAAGGCGAUCGAAGACAAGAUGAACACUGCCGCCGAUAAGCGUGACGAAAAUAUCAAAAAGAUGCUUGAACGUCUCCGUGAACAUGAGGAGCAAGUGCGCAAAGUGCGCGCCGGCAACCAGGAGCGUUUCCAGCAGCUGGAGAGCGCGAUCCAGGACAAGCUGCAACAGGCCGCCGAUCGCCGUCUGCAGAUCGAGGCCGAGCAGAGGGAGAAGUUGCGCAACCAUAAUAAUAAGCUCGCGGAAGUGCGAUCGGUCAUCACGGCUAAGAUGGAGGAGAUCACCAAGGACAUCGAGACCAAACUUACCACCGCAGAACAGAACCGGGAAAAGGAAAUACAAAAGAAACUCGACUUCGUUAAAAAAGAGGAGCGACGCGCAGAGCUGGUGCGGCAGAACAAGAGCGCGCGCGCCGAGAGCGAGCCCGUGUCCGGC